AUGUCUCCAAUCCCAAAACAUUUCGACUAUUUAGUCAUCGGUGGUGGUUCUGGAGGUGUCGCCUCCUCAAGAAGAGCUGCUCAAUAUGGUGCUAAAGUCUUAUUAAUCGAAGGCCAACAUAUUGGUGGUACUUGUGUUAACGUUGGUUGUGUUCCUAAAAAAGUUAUGUGGUAUGCUUCUGAUGUCGCUGGUAAAAUCGCUCAAUCAAAAGAAUAUGGUUUUGAUGUUGAUCCAAAUUUAAGCAAGACUUUUAAUUGGGAAUAUUUUAAACCUAAAAGAGAUGCUUAUAUCAAGAGAUUAAAUGGUAUUUAUGAAAGAAAUUUAUCAAAAGAAGGUGUUGAGUUGAAAUACGGAUGGGCUAAAUUCAAUGCCAAAGGUGAAGUUGAGGUCCAUAAAUCUGAUGGAAGUGAUGUGGAAACUUUCACUGCUAAUCAUUAUCUUAUCGCUACAGGUGGUACCCCAAUUACUCCAGACGUUCCAGGUGCUGAAUUGGGUAUAGAUUCAGAUGGAUUCUUCAAAUUGGAAAAACAACCAAAAAGAGUUGGUAUCGUCGGUGCUGGUUAUAUUGGUGUUGAAUUUACAGGUUUCUUCCAUGGAUUAGGAUCUGAAACUCAUAUGGUUAUUAGAGGUGAUACCGUUUUAAGAAAAUUUGAUGAUUCAAUCCAAACAACUAUAACUAAUCAUUAUGAAAAAAUGGGUGUCCAUUUCCACAAAGGUUCUACUGUGAAAUCUUUAGAAAAAUUGGAAAACGAUGCAAUCAAAGUUAACCUAAGUACUGGUGAUUCAUUUGAAGUUGAUCAAUUGAUUUGGACAAUGGGUCGUAAAUCAUUAUUAGGUCUAGGAUUAGAACAUACCGGUGUUGAAUUAGAAGGUGACAAGAUCAAAGUUGAUGAAUACCAAAACGCAACAGUUCCAAACUAUUAUUCAUUAGGUGAUGUUGUUGGUAAAGUUGAAUUAACUCCUGUUGCCAUUGCAGCUGGUCGUAAAUUAUCAAACAGAUUAUUUGGUCCAGAGCAAUUCAAGAAUGAUAAAUUAGAUUAUGAAAACGUUCCAUCUGUUGUGUUUUCACAUCCAGAAGCUGGUUCAAUUGGAUUAACUGAAAAAGAAGCCAUUGAAAAAUUCGGUCAAGAUCAAAUCAAGAUUUAUAAAACAAAUUUCACUCCAAUGUAUUAUGCAAUGUUGGAAGAAAAAUCCCCAAUUAGUUAUAAAUUGGUUUGUCAAGGUCCUGAGGAAAAAGUUGUUGGUUUACAUUUAGUUGGUGAUUCAAGUGCUGAAAUCUUGCAAGGUUUUGGUGUUGCUAUUAAAAUGGGUGCUACAAAGAAAGAUUUUGAUAGUUGUGUUGCUAUCCAUCCAACAAGUGCUGAAGAAUUAGUUACUUUAAGAUAG